UGAAAAACCUUAGGUCUGUAACUGCAUGUCUGUUUCACUGUUUAAACGUCCUAACCCACAACUGCAAGCAAAAUAACAUAAGAGAAUGAGGAUGUCGAGUGAACACAUUCUCUUCUGUCUCCUGCCUUUGUUUUGGAAGUAUUCAUCUCCAAUGUGUGAGAAGGAGACUGACUGUCCCAAGGAAAACCAAGAUGUUUAUGGCAAGACUUUGACUGAGAUCCCUGUGAGUUUGAAACCAGGUGCCACCGAAGUCUUUUUUGUAGACAGUCAGAUUCAGACCAUUCCAAAAGCAGCCUUUUACGAAACCCCCAAUCUGGAAAAGAUUGAGUUCUUAAACACCCCCACCGUCUCAAUAGAGGCAGGUGCCUUUGAAGGUUUGUCAGACCUCAAACACAUUGAAAUCUCCAGUACCUCUUUAACACAUUUACCCAUUGGAGUCUUCAAAGACCUGAACAAACUUGAAAAUCUUCGUCUCAAGCUCAACCAAAUCCGCAUUCUAGAGAAAGGAUUGUUUGAAGGCCUCAGCAAACUGACAGAACUCCAGUUGCACAUCAACAAUAUUGAGUCCAUUGAGGAGGGGACUUUUGAUGACUUGGAAAGCCUUCAGGUCCUCCACCUAGCUAAGAACCACAUAUCCUCUUUGUCCACUGGCAUGUUUUCAAAGCUCCAUAAGCUCCACACGUUGCGUCUUUAUGACAAUCAGAUCCCUGCUCUCCCUCAGGGAAUAUUUGAUAAUUUACCAAACCUAAAAGAAAUCUCUCUUAAUGGUAACAAAAUCCACAAACUACAACCCAAUCUAUUCCCACAUAAAGAAAAAAUUUCUAAAUUAUUGUUAGAGUCUAAUCUUUUAACUGAGUUGCCUGCAGAAUUAUUUGUGGGAUUCUCUCAGCUUAAAACACUGACACUGGCGAAGAACCAAAUUACUAGUCUUCCUCCAGUUCUUUUUGGAGAACUGCCCAAAAUGCAGGAGUUGAGUCUAACUGUGAACAAUCUUACAACACUUCCCAAAGGAAUUUUUAGCCCUCUUUCCAAGCUUAAAAAAUUGGAUUUAUCAAAAAAUAAACUGGUAUCUGUGUCUCAAGAGAAUUUUGAGGGCCUUGUGAAGCUGACAGAACUAAACCUCCAAACCAACCAAAUAGCUUCCCUGGAUGUCAACACAUUUGAAAACCUACCAUCUCUGACCACCCUGAAGCUGGCUCAUAAUAACUUGCAGACAAUUCCCAAGGAGAUACUUGACUCUUUCUCAAAAAUCAAGAAAGUUAUUCUAAACAACAACACCUGGCAUUGCGACUGUAAGCUUGUGCCUAUGUACCAGUGGCUCAAGGACAAAACUGCGGAUUCUGAAGAGGUCUGUGAGUCUCCAGAAGAUUUAAAGAAACAGAAAAUCCUGUCACUCACUGAAGACCAAUUGCAAUGUCCCACCUCCCCCCCUACCACAGUCACUACCAUAAUUAUUCCUGUGACCACCACUACUACACCAAUGACCACAACUCUGACCACUACUACACCAAUGACCACAACCACACCAAUGACCACAACCCAGACCACUACCACACCAGUGAUCACAACCACACCUAUGACCACAACCCAGACCACUACCACACCAGUGAUCACAACCACACCUAUGACCACAACCCAGACCACUACCACACCAGUGAUCACAACCACACCUAUGACCACAACCCAGACCACUACCACACCAGUGAUCACAACCACACCUAUGACCACAACCCAGACCACUACCACACCAGUGAUCACAACCACACCUAUGACCACAACCCUGAUGACUACCACACCAGUGAUCACAACCACAACAACACCAUUGAUCACAACCACACCAAUGACCACAACCCUGCCCACAACCAGAGUAGCCACUACUUUGCCAACCACCAAACCAACAACCAUAACUCUUACUACAACUCAAAUGACAACUACCCAGCAAAGGACUUUGACAACUAUGCCAGCAACCAGUCUUCCAACAACUAAGCUGCCAACAACUACUCUGAAAAUGACAACCACUGUCAUUAUAAUGGAACCUACCAUAAUAACUACAACACCCUCCACUACCACCUCUGCACUUACCACUGCAAGUCCCCUUCUCACCACUGAAAGAAGAACCACAGCAAUGACCACAUUACCUCCAACCACCACCCUAGCCCGAGCCUUAACAGCUAUAAGGACAACUCCGAUUAUUACCACAAUCACCACCUUAUCCUCCACCACCCAAAAACUGACCACAGUGCCACACACUGAGACCCAGUCAUUCCCCUGUCCCCAGGCACCACCCUACCAUGCCUCACUGUCCUACACAUACAUAAGGCAGAACAUCAUGGCUCAGUGCAAAUCCAAGAUGAUGAUCUACUCCACCCUGGUCGCUAUUGAGAUCUGUUGUUCAUUGGUGCUGGCUAAGUUCACCCUGUCCUUAUACAGACUGCUACAGAACCGGAACAAACGGCCCACCUGGGUUAACCUGACCAGUUUCUCCUACAGGAAGGAGGUCUCCCUCAGGCCCAUCUGAGAGACAUGUGAGAUUCUGAGACCAUGUCAGUAGGAAAAGGAUGUGAGAACAAUACCAAGUGUUGGAUAUGCCUUCAAUUCUAAUAUGACAUACCAUUCUGUACAUGGCUGUCUGGGAUAUAGUCUAUUCAUGUUGUUUACAUAAACUAUUAGAUUUUAACAGUGUUAGGGAAGCUACCAUAUUAAAACAAAAUAGUAGACUGCAAUUAAGGGCUUGGUUGUUGCAGAUUAGCAAAGAUGUAACUGGUGUUAUAUUAACACUUUCAUGGUAGUCUGAACAUCAUUGAAGACAAUGAUGAUUUUCAGGACAACCAAAGUGUUUUGACAAUAUCUCUAUUAUGUCACGUGAGGUUAUGACAAACGAGCAACUGAUACCUCAGAACAUGUGGUGCGAGGUCUGGGUUAUUCAUCAUUCCAACCAAUUGCUGAUGCCUUUUGGGAUUCUCAGUGGGCAACAGUCAGUCACAGCUUGUAGUCAUUUGAAUGGGAUCGUAAAUGACGACGAAAAGCAUCAUUAUGGUAUCAGACAAAUAUAUAUUUUGGGGGUAAAGGUCUAUUUCACGGCUUCGAGUAGCAGGACUGCUACUAUUAGUUUCUUGAUAGUUACUUCUUUAUGAAAGAGAACACAUCAGGCGCUAUUAAAAUCAGAAGUUAUCAUGACAUUUUUAAAUGAUACAUACAGUACAUGAGUAAACUCUUUUGCAUUGGGAAAAAUGCUAACUUGUGUUUGUUACUUUGUGCCACUAAAAUGAUAUGUAUACUGUAUAGUAAAAAGUCAAGUUGUAAGUCACUUUCUUUGCAACGUAAACCUGAGUUUCUAUCCUAGAUUUUUUUUGUCCAGAUAUGUUUAAAUAAAUACAU